UAAUUCUCACUUCCUCUUCUCGCCGCUCCCUCCAACUCCCGAAACCUAAUUCUCCACCAGUUGCAGACCAAAUGACGACCCGCUUCAAGAAGAACCGGAAGAAGCGCGGUCACGUGAGCGCCGGCCAUGGUCGUAUCGGCAAGCACCGCAAGCAUCCUGGUGGUCGUGGUAACGCCGGAGGUAUGCACCACCACAGAAUCCUCUUCGACAAAUACCAUCCUGGUUAUUUCGGAAAGGUUGGGAUGAGGUACUUCCACAAGCUCCGAAACAAAUUCUACUGCCCCAUUGUUAACGUCGACAAGCUCUGGUCCCUGGUUCCCCAGGAAGUGAAGGACAAGGCUUCCAAGGAUAAUGUCCCUUUGAUUGAUGUUACCCAGUUCGGAUAUUUCAAAGUUUUGGGCAAAGGGGUUAUGCCGGAGAACCAGCCCGUCGUUGUGAAAGCCAAGCUCAUCUCCAAAAUUGCGGAGAAGAAGAUCAAAGAGAAUGGUGGUGCGGUUGUCCUUACGGCUUAGGGUUUAUUGGGUAAUUGUUAGUCAUGGUUUUUUUAGUAUUAGUUUUGAUUAUUGCUGUGCCGUUCUUCCAAGUAUCGGAUUAAUGUUAUCAAACGUUGUGUUUCAGUUUUCAUGACCAUGAACUCAGUCGAUUUUGAAUGUGUUUCUUGAAUUACCAUUUUACUUGAAAUGUUAUACAUUGUUAAUUUUGCUA